AUGAAGGAUCCGUUCAUGAUCCCGCCCUUUCCCUGGCUGGCCGAACUGGUCCAGCCAUGGUGUGAAUUCCUGAACCUUCCAACACUUCCGCUGCAUAUACACGAAGUUGUGCUAUCUGCACUUCUCUACAGCAUCAUCUUUUGGCCAGUUUCUCCGAUUCUUUCGAACCUACUGGCACCCGAAUACUACUCGAGACUCUCACGGAAGAAACGAAUUAACUGGAACACCCAUGUUGUAUCCAUGGUUCAGAGCUGUAUCAUCAGUGCCCUUUCGAUCUGGGUAAUUGCGGUCGAUAACGAGCGUUGGAAUAUGGACUGGGAGGAACGUGUCUGGGGAUACACAGGUGCUUCUGGCAUGAUCCAAGCAAUGGCCACCGGCUAUUUUGUCUGGGACCUAUUUGUGACAAGCUCCAACCUCGAUGUUUUCGGUAUUGGCACUUUAGCCCAUGCUAUCGCGGCUUUGCUUGUAUUCUUACUUGGGUUUCGUCCGCUUGUCAACUACUACUCGUGCAUUUUCAUAUUGUGGGAGCUCUCGACCCCAUUCCUUAACAUCCACUGGUUCAUGGAUAAAGUGAACAUGACGGGUUCCAGUGCUCAGCUCUAUAACGGCAUUAUGCUACUGUCGACCUUCUUCACGUGCCGUAUCGUCUUCGGGACGUACAACUCCUACAGAGUCAUGGGAGACAUGCUGCGCGCUGUGUUUUCAACGCCGGGUCUUCACAAGUCGGAGUCCCCCUUCAUGGCUUUUGCCGACUACGAAUUCACUGUUCCCGUCUGGGCAGCACUCGCAUACUUAGGGAGCAACCUUACUUUGAACUCACUCAACUUCUACUGGUUUGUUAAGAUGGUGAGUGCUGUCCGGAAACGCUUCCAGCCCUCCAAGGGAGUUUCAGAACCUGUCACUGAGGUCGAGGUCGAUCUCUCGACCGUCGCCUCGGGCGUGCCCCAGAAGAUGCCGAUUACUCGUCGGAAAGCUUAA